UGUGAAGAAGACAGCAAAAUAAGGUUUUGGGGGCUUUGAUUCGUUGGCCAAAGGGAAAGACCGAAGUAAGGAAUUUAAAACAUUGCUUGCAGCUGAAGAAAGUUUUAUUCCUAUUAAAUUAUACUAUAACACAGACAUGCGGAGAUCUUGUGUUUACCCCCAAGACAGAGAACAUAGACAAGGAUAUAUUGUCAGGUUUUCUUACAAGUCUUUUAAUUUCUUGUCGGGAAAACUCGAGAGAAUCAAUAAUGGCUUCAGGAGGAUCAAAGUCGGCAGCUUUCAUGCUUCUGUUGCUGAACCUUGGUCUCUAUUUUGUCGUCACCAUCAUCGCUUCCUGGGCUGUUAAUCACGGCAUCGAGAGAGCUCGCGAGUCUGCGUCGGUGCUGUCUCUUCCGGCGAAGAUCUUCCCUAUAUACUUCCCGGUGGGGAACAUGGCGACUGGUUUUUUCGUAAUAUUCUCGCUGAUCGCCGGCGUCGUCGGAAUGGCGACGUCACUCACCGGAAUCAUGAACGUUCUUGAGUGGGACUCUCCAAAUCUCCAUUCCGCAGCGGCGUCUUCUCUCAUCUCCUGGUCUCUCACUCUCCUCGCCAUGGGAUUGGCAUGCAAGGAGAUCAACAUAGGCUGGACCGAGGCCAAUUUAAGAACUCUUGAAGUUAUGACAAUCAUUGUGAGUGCUACUCACUUAUUGUGCACCGGAGCCAUUCACGUCGGAGUUGGAGAAACAGUCGCCGGUGAGAGGCCUCAUGCGGGAAGAGUUUGAGUUUCUACACUUGAAAGAGAGAUAUAUAUCGGUUAGAUUUUCUUAUUGGAAGCGUGUGGUUUAGUCAAAACAAGAGUUUGUGAUCGUGUAAUCUAUUGUGUUCAUUGUUUUUAUUCGUCUAAUUUUUUUCUAUUAUAUGCACUGAUUGUAUACGGCACUACCUGAAAUAUGAAUUACUAUUAUUGCUGUUAAGGAAUGAAUGAAGAUGAUAAAAAAUUUCUAAUUUACAAAACAUGUUUUGCUCAAACAAUAUUGGACCUAAGCAGCUUAGCAAAGCAGAUGCAUGCUAGACAAACCCUAGAAAAGAUAGAGAAGGCAAUAUAGAAUCUCAUUCUUAGGGACAAUUCAGAUUGUGUGCUAACCUAAACUGAUGGUAGAGUAAUACUGACCGGACACAUGU